AUGCGAUUCUCGCCUCCUCUCACCUCCUUUGAUGUCUCGCCUCCUCUCACCUCCUUUGAUGUCUCGCCUCCUCUCACCUCCUCUCAUGUCUCGCCUCCUCUCACACCUCCUCUCAUGUCUCGCCUCUCCCUAUCACUCUUCCUACACCCAGUCCCCGCUAUAAGGGACCUCAAGGCAGCUCUUACGAUGCCACCUUCAUUCCCCUACCUCCUCCCCCCCUCCUCCCCCCCGUCCCUCCCCUUCCCCCUCCACCCACUUCCAGUCCCCGCUAUAAACGACCUCAAGACAGCGCUGAGGGUGCCGGGCUCCUUUGGCUGGCGGAAGGGCGCCUCUUGCUCUGACGACGGAUUAGGGCGGUUCUACCGAGGAUUGAAGUGCGAUGAGAACGGGAACCUGAUAGCCAUUAUGAAUGGAGUGACUUUUGAGUCGACUCAAAAGAAUGGAGUGACUUUUGAGUCGACUCAAAAGAAUGGAGUGAGAGAUUCGCUCUCCCUCACCCUCGAUACCGUCCUCCUCCUUCUGUCUUACCCUCUCAUCACCACCACCCCCUCAUUCUGUCUCUGUCAUACUUUCCCCACCUCUCUCCCCCCCACCACCGUCAGCACCCUCUCAUCAGCCUACAUCUUCUCUCGCCCGGACCCCAUAAUCUCAUCCUCCCAUCGCCUCUCAACUCCUCCCAUCUCCUCUCAACUCCUCCCAUGUCCUCUCAACUCCUCCCAUGUCCUCAACCCACCCCUCACAACAUCAACACCUCCUUUCGCUUCCAUUUCCUCACUUCCCAAUUCUACUCUAUCUCAUUCCCCACCUCUCUUUCAUUUCACCCGCCUCCAUCUCUCUUCUCUCUGUAGCCUCAUUUUGAACUCUGACCUGUCUUGGAAUUCUCUAUACGGCCCCAUCCCCCCCUACCUCAUCAACCACGCCUCUCUCACCAAGCUAUGGCUCUUUGACAGCAAGCUCACCGGCCCCAUCCCGCCCUUCCCCUUUGCUGCUUUCUUCUUUCUCCCCUUCCCCGCCUCUCCCAUCCCCCGCCUCUACCCUCCCCCGCCUCUCCCCUCCCCCGUCUCCCCUCCCAGUGACCUUGACCUCUCUUGGAACUCGCUAUACGGCCCCAUCCCCUCCCACCUCAUCAACCACGCCACCCUCACCAAGCUAUGGCUCUUUGACAACAAGCUCACAGGCCCCAUUCCGCCCUACAGCCCGCGCCUCUCCUCUCUCCUGCUCUUCAAAAACUUCCUCACUGGGCGGCAACUGCCUCUCCUACACCAGAAAAUACACAGGCGCGUGCAAGGGCCUUCCCAGAAGCUUCAUGGUGCAGCGGAACCCUAUGUUCUGCGGAGCAGCAAUGUGCGGUGGGAACUUAACUAA